AACACGUGUGGAGACAUUUCAACGCAUUUUGCAACGCCACCGUAAUUUUGCAGUACAAUUUGGACGGCCUAUAGAUUUCAACGCAGAAUCGCACCGUGUGUUAUAUUUCGUGUGGGAAGACAAGAAAAUUCUUCAAAAUGCCUGACUCAGAUUCAGAAGAAGAGCCUACCAUAGCUUCAGACGUCGUCGUCACCAAGUAUAAAAUGGUUGGCGAUAUGGUUAACGAUGUCCUGAAGCAGGUAAUGGUCAAAUGUGUGGCAGGUGCAGAGGUCGUCUCCAUUUGUGAUUUUGGAGACAAGACUCUAGAAGAGAUGACAGGCGGGGUCUACAAGAAAGACAAAGAAAUGAAGAAAGGUAUUGCAUUCCCAACAUGUAUAUCAGUCAACAACUGUGUAUGUCACUUCUCACCGCUACGGAGCGAUAAGAAAGUCGAGCUGAAGGAUGGGGAUGUUGUCAAGAUUGAUCUUGGUGCCCAUGUAGAUGGCUUCAUAGGCGUCGUUGCACACACCCUGAUUGUCGGGGCAUCGUCUGACAACAAGGUCAAAGGUCGAAACGCUGACCUUCUCAGGGCAGCACACACAAUGGCUGAAGCAGCAUUAAGGAAAGUCAAGCCAGACACACAGAAUAAUGAAGUAACGGAGAUGAUCCAGAAGGCUGCUGAGUCUUUUGGUUGCAAACCAGUCUCAGGGAUGUUAUCUCAUCAACUCAAGAGAAACAUCAUCAAUGGUGAAAAGAGUAUCAUCCAAAACCCUACAGAAGAACAGCUGCGAGAGCACUCCAAGUGUACCUUUGAGGUUCAUGAGGUUUAUGCUAUAGAUGUACUGGUGAGUACAGGAGAAGGCAAGGCUAAAGAACGAGAGAAUAGGGUCACGGUCUACAAGAGGACCGAUGAAACUUACCAGCUCAAGAUGCGUACCUCGAGAACAUUCUUCAGUGAGCUGACCAAGAGAUUCACCACAAUGCCUUUCUCACUCAGGUCGUUUGAGGAUGAAGGCAAGGCUCGUAUGGGUAUCGUAGAAUGUCUGAACCACAAUCUUGUUGAACCUUAUCCAGUUCUAUAUGAGAAAGAUGGUGAGUUUGUGGCACAGUUCAAGUUCACAGUGCUCUUGAUGCCUAACGGACCCUUGAAGAUAACAGGUCUACCGGUCGAUCUAUCUCUCUAUCCAUCAGACAAGUCAGUUGAAGACAAAGAACUAAAGGAGCUGCUUAAUUCCUCAGUUAGUCGCAAGGCUCAGAAGAAGAAGAAAAAGAAGGCGGCCAAGCAAGCAGAGGCAGCAGAAGAUGAAGAAGCGCCUACCCUGGUCGAGGAGAAGAAACCUACCCUGGUCGAGGAGGAGAAGAAAUGAUAGCAAGUCAUUCAUAUCUGUGUAUAGGACAGUAUUGUGUGUACGACCAUCAUCUCAACGUGUGCGGACAAGAUGGUGUAGUUUUCAGUUCCCUCUCCCCCAUAUCCUAUCGUCUUUUAAAUUUUAGUUUCUUUUUUAUUAUUUCUUGCUACAAGUAUUUUUUCAACUUGUAAUUAUUGAUUUCUAUGGAAGCCACAGUUUUCUGCCGGGAUGGUUUGUAAGAAAGUGCAGAGUAUCUGCAUGAAGCAAGAGUGGAAUCUUAUGCAUUUGUGACCAUUGAUAGUUUAAUGAAGAAGAUAUAGAUCGAGGUUUGUUGGUGAGGGUCAAUUAAAACAGGCUAUAAGAAAGAUUUGGAUGAACACAGACGUAGAGAUGGAUAAAAGUGUUGACUGUACUUGAGCCUUCAUAUGGGAUGCAUUGUCUAUGGUGUAAGGGCAUGGGUAAGGAUGAGAUUGAAAAGAUUGCUUAGAAGAGGGAAGAGCAAAUAACCACCACACAGAUGAAAUUUAAAGAAUGUUUAGACAUGAGUAUGUUAUGCAAUUAUACUUUGAAGGAGUAAAGAGGGAUAUGAAAUCAUUGAAGGUCUGUAUCUUAUAGUCCAGAAAAUCAAGGUUUAACUAAAAAAGAGUAUGUUUGAUUUUUAUAUCAACAUUUAGAAUUGGGACCGAGUAUUUUGCGGAUGUUUUAUGAUUAGCUAUGAAUGGCAGAGGGCCUUGGCUGACGUGUUUGUGAUUUUGAGAUAUCAGCCAAUAUGGGUUUGGGUAAAGUUUUAAAGAAAAAAUAAGCAAGAUAUUUUGAUGGAAAUGUAAAGCCUGCGACUGGAAAAGGCAACUCUGUAAUUAUUAUCUUUGUAUCCUCAUUGUUGAUUUCUGUUUCCAAGAUUCUUUAUGUCAUGUCAGCUUAUUCUUCUGAUUGUAAGGAUGAUUGUAAGGACUGUUACCAAACAAUGACGUCAUUUGAUAAGAUUUUCUUCUUUUCAUAGCUUGAGAUUGAGAGAAAAAGCUUUUAAGAUCUGGAAAGGUCAUAGAGAUAAUUGAAAUCAUUGUUUCUUAUUUCAGUUAAAAAGACAUGUGGUCGAUGUUCCUGGGUCCAAUUAUUUGCAGUGACGUGCAGAGAGAAAGACUCAGAGAUGUUGAAAAUGUUAAUAAGAGCCUUUUAAGAGAUGAAGAUUCAGAUCUUGAUAUAUGCUCUAUGAGCCAAGCUCUUUAUAUAUCAGUAUGUGCCCUGGUAGGACAAAAUUCAUAUUUUGUGUAAUUUUUUAUCAAACCUAUUACGGCCUCAAGACAGACUAUUCUUGUAUACAAGCUUUAUGAAAUCUUGCUCGCAGUUGUAGUUGUGUUUUGUAAUGUCAACUUGAAUAUUUAGUAUGAAGGAUCAUUGUGUGCCAGUCUCAAAGAUGUUUUUAGUAAUGAGUGUGAAUUGCUUUUUUCUUUUUCCUUGGCCAAUUAUUGAUCAUGUAAAAUACUUGGUUCAAGUAAUGGCUAGAGUCUUCCAAGAGUUUGGUAGUACUUAGUUUAGUUUUUAGAUCCUAUGUUUGUGGAAAGCCAGAAGUUCAUAUAUAUAUUCAGGAGACCCAACAUAAUCUGUAGAAUUUGCUGAAAAUAUAGAAUUCUUUUCCCACAAAGUGUAAAACAAUCAAUGGACAUUUUCAAUUUGUUGAAUUAAUCCUUGCUAUGUGGUCUUGGAAUUAAUUGAAAGCUCUCUGAUAAACUAUCCAUAGAGAAUUUUAUUUUUAUCCAAACAAGGUAGAUGUGCUCCUCAACAAAUUGUAUAAAAGUAUCUUCUGUAAUAAUUUGUCUGGAAUUUGUGGUUUCUUUAUUGGUGCUUUAACUCGUCACCUGCUUUGGUCAACCAUUCAGGAAAGUGAGAUUGCCAUAUUUGACAUUUGUCACACAUUCAGUGCUCAUGAACUGUACACAAUGUGGCAGUCUCGGGUUUUGAUCCAUGGUGAAAAAUGAGGUAAAAGGAUAUUUAAUUUUGAUAUGGUCGUACCACAUGAAAACAUUGACAAUUUAAGGGGUGGGAAAUAGUCCCCCCCCCCCCCCCCUGCACCAACAUGUGAUUUUAAAUUUUAACAUAUUUUUUUUGUCAUCAAGACAAUCUGCUGUUGACGGUCGUUAUCUUUUAAUUUUGGGCCAUUUCCCUGUUAAUCAUAAUUUUUAGAUUUUUAUUUGUAUUAAUACGAUUGGUAUGAGCUGUGGUUUAUGAGUUAUCACUGUGAAACCAAUACUACUUGUAGAUAAAACCUUAAAACUUGAAAUAUUUCAAGGAAUUGGGGACCACCAUUUACUAAGUUUUCGCUGUUUUGCUCUCAAAUGGCUUGUGAAAUGUAUGAAAAGAAAUUGUGAAUUCUGUGUUCAUGAAUUAUGUAUCGUUUGUCUCUAAGAGUGAUUAUGUAAUCAAAUUAUUAAUUGCUUUGUUAGAUUAAGCCCUCAUUGGUAUCAUUUAUAGAUAGCUUUUGUAGAAUAAGCAACUAUGAUCCAUAUCAUUUGUGUAUUCAACUAUUCUUUUUCAAGUAGGAAAUCUUGACAAAAAUCUAGGAAUUAGUUGAAGAGAUGACCGUCUUUGGUGGCGAUGUUUCUGCAGGCAAUGGGCACAUCUGUAUGAUCUGAUGUUAUGUCUUAAUGACGUAUGUGAUGAUGAAAUAUUUGAGUAGUUUUAGGGAUGGGGGAUUGCCCGGUACCGUACAAUCAGUCAUGUCUGUGGUCUUUUGCUUAUUUUUUCAUUCUCAAUCUUUAUGUUCUUUUUCAUGAAAACGAGGAGAAAAUAAAAGUAAAUGCCAGGUGAUCACAAUAAACAAGAAGAAAGGAA